AUCCAACAGUGAUCAUACAAAACGCUCCUUUCUUUUCCCUUCCGUCAAUUGCGGCCUUGUUACUUUGUCUUGAGUACGUACGUACUUCUAAGUUCAUCAAUUUGGCCAUAGAUGCACUUCGUAGAGGCGACCUCGAUUUCCGAGAGGCCUCGCUCCCUUGCCCCAAUGGCCUCAUACAAUAGAUCAAUAGCAAAACUAUUUGCCCGACGGCCAACAAUAAACAACAAUGAGAAAUCUGUCUUGUUCAACCUGGGGACAAAAUACGAAUCGUCGGACAUAGUGAACUACCGGGCCCGGAAUCAACAGGGCAGCAUUUUUAGACAUCAAAUUCGCCGAAGCAGCACUAGUCCUUUACCAUAUCAACGUAGUUCUGUAAGUUUAUCCGAUGAGUUAAGAGUACUGAAUUCGUAUACUCAUAUCACACAGGCUCGAUAUGGUAGCAUUGCAACAAUGGUUUUGCUAGGAGGGUGUGCCGGGCUGUGGUGGUUGCAGGAGAAAGAAGCGGAAAGAAAAGCCAAGUCUGAGAGUCGAGGGAUUUCCAAUUUUUUUCACAGAGGAGAUAGCACGCCAGCGAAAAAAAGCCAGACAGCUCAGAUUGUUGAAUUUCUGCAAGAUCGGGAUAAGAACUUCAUUUGCUCAAGAGAAAACGUAGACGAAGGGCGAUGGGUAAGUAACCAGUGUUCUACAUCUUGUUAUGUAAUACCCGAAAAGGCAUAUUAUUACGUCCUGGAAUCUUUUUCGAAGGUUUCAACUUCAACAUGACUAACUACUCUGUCUAGUGGGUUUUGAUCACAGCAACCUUCGCUCAUGGCUCGUGGUGGCAUCUUGGCUUCAACAUGUUGGGCUUAUACUCACUUGGUCCCCAUGUGAUCAGGACUGCUGGUUAUCUUGGGUUUGGGAUAAUAUGGACUGUGGCUGGUAAGUACCUCUUCGAAUUCCGUAGCGCAUUCUUUCUUUGGGUGAAUGUCAAAACUGUCGUAUAUCCAGCAACGCUAUCGAAUUUCAAGACGUACACUUCAUCCUCCGUUUAUUCAUUCCCAGAAACUUGCUAACCCUCUUGAAACACGACAGGUAUUAGUGGCGGUGCUCUCCGAGUUUACUGGCCUGAAAUCAGGAAACAAUUGCCACAUAAUGUUGCCUAUGAAAUUGGGAACUUUCUGAAACUGGAUCGUGAUAGCCAAAUCAUGGUUCGAUCACUUGGUGCAUCAGGGGCUCUGUGUGGGCUAUUCGGUUUUAUGGCAGCCAUUCAUCCUGCCUUCUUCUUACAGGGUGCUCUUAUGCAGGUUGGAAUUGAUGUCUAUUGUCUUGCAACAGAUGCCUUCUCUAAUAUAGGUACCGUAAGAAUUGGUCAUGAAGCCCACUUGGCAGGAACUGCAACCGGCGCGGUACUAGGCUUGGGAGCUGUGUUGCUGACCAGGGGUAAAAUCAAACUUAUGUAG